AUGUUCACUACCACUGAUGUUUACUCGGCGGCUUCGGCAAUUGGUCAGGAAUUACAGCUUCUGAUUGAUGAAUUUGGUCCUGAUGAUGUGGAAUCUGUCAUGUAUAAAGUGAUUACUGUGCUCGAGGAUCUGGAAGCCUGCGUAAAUGUUUCCACUGAGAUGGAAGAGAAGGUGAACACUCUACGAGAAAAGCUGGAAUCUCUCCGCGUAUGGCGAUUUAUAAAAGCUACAGCCGGCAAUCCCUGUCUCCCACGUAAUAACUUUGGAAUUUACAUGACUAGUCGAGAUGGCCUUUUACUUUUUCAGGGCUGGGGCAGGUCUGUUCAAGGAGUUUUCCAAAAGUGUCGUCUCACCAUCUUCACUCUUCACUGGGUGGAAGAAGAAGAUAAAAGAAAGCAAGCAAUGAAGCCGUAG